AUGGCUGCCUCCCAGCUGGCGGCUCUGGAAGGAGUAGAGUCAGGGACCAGGGCUCUGCCCCUGACUGAGGCUAGCCCUGGUUUCCUGUACUCUGAAGGCCAGCGGCUGGCACUAGAGGCUCUGCUGAGCAAGGGCACAGAGGCUUUCCAGGCAUGCAUGCAGCGUGAAGGGCUGCGGCCCUUCCUGAGUGGAGAUGAAGUCCAGAGCUUGGCAGCAGCAGCUGAAGACUGGACAGUAGCCAAGCAGGAGCCCAGUGGGACAGCAGAGGGAGCCCACAUCUCUGAUGGGGAUGUGGACAGCCUGACCUACUGGCCUGGGCAGUCGGAGGAGCCAGCACCCAUCCUGCGGCUGGGCUGGCCGGAGGACUCAGCCUGGAAAGGAAUCACCCGGGCACAGCUGUACACCCAGCCACCUGGAGAGGGCCAGCCACCUGUCAAGGAGCUGGUGCGCCAGGAAAUCCAGGCUGCCCACAAGCUGGUGGCCGUGGUCAUGGACGUCUUCACUGACCCAGACCUGCUUUCUGACUUGGUGGAUGCUGCCACACGGCGCUGGGUACCUGUCUACCUGCUCCUGGACUGCCAGCAGCUGCCUGCCUUCCUAGCACUGGCCCAGCAGCUGGGGGUGAACCCCUGGGCCACCGAGAACCUGGACAUCCGCACCGUGAGGGGCUGCAGUUUCCAGAGCCGCUGGCGGCGGCAGGUGAGCGGCAACGUGAGGGAGAAGUUUGUGCUGCUUGAUGGUGACAGAGUCAUCUCAGGGUCCUACAGCUUCACGUGGAGCGACGCGCGCCUGCACCGUGGUCUGGUGACACUACUGACGGGUGAAAUCGCUGACGCCUUCAGCCGCGAGUUCCGGACAUUGUACGCAGCCUCCUGGCCCCUCCCACCUGCGCCCACCCAGGGCCCCUUUGUCAGCAUCUUGGGGAGCCUGCAGACGGCCCACAGCCCACACCACGUGGCCUACCGCUGCUCUGUGGCCCCUGCGUCACCACUGCCACCUGACAGCUCCCUGGCCCACCGCCUGGCUGCUUGCCACAUCUUCGAGGGGGAAAGGAAGGAGUCUCCUGCCACCACCCCAGGGCCAGCACUCAGUGACAUCCUAAGGAGUGUACAGCGUGCACAGACCCCCAGUGCCUCUCCAGCCCGGCCCAGCCGCUCCUUGUGGGACCUGAGCCGCUUGUCCCAGCUGUCCGGCUCCAGUGAUGGUGACAACGAGCUCAAGAAGUCCUGGGGCUCCAAGGAUACCCCAGCCAAGGCCCUGAUGAGGCAGCGGGGCACUGGAGGGGGACCCUGGGGUGAGAUGGACUCCCGUCCGCUGGCCUGGUCCCAGCCCUGGGGUGGCCCCCUGCCCCUGAUCCCUGCCCGCCGCCUCCGCUAUCUGUCCCCAACCCACAGGAGGUUUGGAAAAGAUGCUGUAUCCAAACUCCCGGAACCCAGAGGUGUCUGGCAGCCAGACUGGGCCUCCCGGGCAGGACUUGGGGGUCGACCCUGACAGGAGUGCAAGCCUGUUUCACCCAGACCACCCAAGGAGAGGUGGACAAUGCGGUGUCAGCCUAGAGCCCCCUGCCUAGAUGUUUUGCCUUGGACCAGGCCCCUGGUCUCAGUGUCUGGGAAGCGGAAGGGAUUUCUCUCACUUGUUCUAGAACUUGGGCAAGCCCAGUACCUGCUCUAGACCUGUGUCACAGUCUAGAAAACGGGCUGAAAGUUGCCACUCACUGCACACCCUAGAGCAGCAUACCUCCUGUCCGGGCCUGGUCAAGACUUCCCUGAUCAGAGGCCUGGCCGAGUGGCCCCCAUGCUGGAAUCGUGUCAGCGGAAGAAGGGGACUGCCUGGAACAGAAAGGGAAGCUUCCCACGCCCAGCAUGCUCAGGAGCUGUGGGUAAAGUGAGUCAAAGAGAAGAGAGAGCCCAGUCUGGGGACCACGGAGGGGAGCAAAGCUGAAUAAUGAGGGACUGGAAAGUCGAGGGGACACAGCUGCUGGGGGAGAGGGACUGGGAAGGCGUGGGACUGUUUUCUGGGCCCUAAGGGGUGGGUUGGCUGGGGAUCCCAUUUGCUUCUGCCCAGAAUAAAACUGCUUCAUAC